CAGCGUUGCUGACCACAUCUUGGAGACGAGCUGUAGCUGUGACAGUGUCGAUCGAUUCACAUGAAGGAGAAAAGUUCGAGGCACAGCUUCGUCACGAGUUCGCUCAGUUCAUAUCAGAUCAUUUGGAUCAUGAGGUAUGCUCUCUCAAGUUCCAGCUUCUCAGCUUCACCAGGUAACUUACCUGGUGAACUCAUGCCUGAGAUCCAAGGACCUCUCCCAGGCCAAGCGCUUACAUGCAAAGCUCAUCAGCGACCAAUGCCACGACGAGGCAUUGCUAAGUCUCUUCAUCAAACUCUAUGGAAGCUGCGGGAGCAUCGAAGACGCUCGCGGUCUCUUCGACCGUUUAGACGAUCCGGGUGUUUCUUCGAGGAACGCACUCAUGCUAGCUUACGUCCAGAAUGGGUCUCUUGCGGAGGCUGAGGAGAUUUUCCACCGGAUGCCCAAGAGAAGUCUAGCGUCCUGGACAACGCUCUUCGUGGCUUAUGCCCAGCUCGGGGAUCUCUCCAAGGCUCAAGGUAUUUUCGACUCCAUGCCCGAGAAGGACAUAGCGGCAUGGAACGCUAUGAUCCAGGCCUGCAUUUACAACGAGGACUUACACUCCGCCAAGAGAAUCUUCGACCAAGCUCCAAAUCCCAACGUGGUUUCAUGGACGAGCAUCUUACAAGCAUAUGCCCAAGCCGGGCAUAUUGAGUCAGCGAGGAGUGUGUUUGGGCGUAUGCCGUACAGGAAUGUCGUGACGUGGACUGCCAUGCUGGCAGCGUUUGCCCAGCACGGCCAGCUGGAGGACGCCAGGUGGAUUUUCGACACAAUGCCCGAGAAGAAUAUAAUCUCCUGGAACGCCAUGAUCCAAGCAUAUGCCCAAAAUGGGCAUCUUUUAGCGGCCAAGAAGGCGUUUGAGGAGGCGCCUGCGAAAGAUGACGUUACUUGGAACACCAUGAUAACGGUGUUUGCGGAGAAUGGACAGACUGAUGCCGCUAAGAAAAUCUUUGAUAAGAUGCCCACACACAAUGUGGUUUCUUGGAACGCUAUGAUAACGUCUUAUGCCGAGUCUGGGCAUAUUCUAGAAGUAAAGAGGAUGUUUGACAUGAUGCCGGUGAGAGAUUCUGUCUCGUGGAACGCUAUGAUGCAGGUUUAUGUGGUGAAAGGCGACGUGGAGCAGGCGAAAAGAAUUUUCGAGGAUGCUCCAGAGAGGGAUCUAGCGUGCUGGAACGCAAUGAUAAAGGUAUAUUCCCAGACCGGGCAUACGGAUCAGGCAAAGAUGCUAUUUGAUUCCAUACCAAAGUUGUCUACCAUCUCUUGUAAUACCAUGAUCACGGGAUAUGCGGUGGGUGGAUACCCGGACGAAGCAAAAGAAAUAUUCGAUUCCAUGCCACAGCGAGAUGUGAUCUCGUCCACGGCCUUGAUCGCGGCAUAUUCCCGUAAUGGCCGGCAAAUCCGCGCCAGGGGAAUCUUUGACGCCACCAUCGAAACGAAUGUGGUGACGUGGACGACUCUGAUUGCUGGGUACGCCCACACAGGCCACGCCCACGAAUCGCUAGAUGCGUUCCACGACAUGAAGAUCAACGGCCAAGAUCCAAAUCCCAUAUCGUUUAUGAGCGUUUUGGUGGCGUGUAGCCACAUUGGAAUGGUGUCACUGGCAUUGCAUUAUUUUAUCCAAAUGGUGGCGGACUAUGGCUUGGAGCCAUGGAGGGAACAUUAUUGCACGCUAAUCGAUAUCCUUGCAAGGUCGGGCCAGGCCUCCAGAGCAGACGAUCUUGUGAAGAAUAUGCCAUUUGAGCCAGAUAGAGUCUCUUGGGGUGCUUUGCUUGGAGGAUGUUCUAGAGCGACGAACACAAACUACAUCGCUGCUUUAGCAGCUCAAAAUAUGCUAGUGCUGGCACCCGGAGAUGGCGCGCCUUACGUCCUGUUAGCUAAUUAUUCCGAGGAAUCAUCAAAGCUUUAGCAUUUCCUUUCCGGAUCAUGAGGAGGGAAUCUCUUGCUACUUUUCUACCAUUAAGAAAAAGUAGAGCCUCCUUUUGAAACUUCCAUUGUUGCAAAGUCCAGAUCCAACCAACCGAAAGCUCAUGCUGUGUGAUCGAAGCAUCCAUUUCCAAUUUUCUGGACAAGAAACCCUAAACAAGUGGAACCAAAUCAUAGCAUGAUACUGUAAGGAUCGGUGAUCCAUCAGGCAAGUUUGUUGAGUGCCUUUUGACUUGUUGAAGGUGGCGUCCUACCCAAUGCCUAGAAAAUCUUUUUUAAAACCUAAAGCCCGCCAAAACAUCGGGCUCUAAAAAAUUUGCCCCAAUGGAAUCUUGUUUCCUUGUGCUUGGCGAAUAUGCAUGACGCCCACAGACAAUGGCUGACGGGUCACUAUAUCCAAUCCCGGGAAAUUCCCACCCGCGAAAAUUUACUUUAUUCGACUUCCACAUUCCUUCAUUUCAUCUGCGGGCGUUUUGAUUUUUACCCUCCCCCGACAUGAUUAAACCAGGUGGCACGCGCGAUACGCCAGGGCACGUACCGACCGUACGAGCAUCACGGGGGGCCAGUAAAACAUUUCCGUGAAAGAAGAAAGUUAAUGGACGCCAAAGCGUUUCUCCAAUCCAGUCUAGUUCUGCAAAAACCCCGGUUUUCUUUAGGGUUUCUAGUCUCGUUCGGUUUGUUAAUUCAUUUCUUGCUUAAGCGAA